AUGCGUGAGUGGAACGACGGUGAGCCGCGGCAGAAGCGGAGGUCGGAGGACCGCCGCGAGCCCCGCCGUCCUUCUCCUGAUGCGCUGCGCCGCGAGGAGGAGUUGCGCCGGGAGCUGCGGGAGCUCCGCGACGGCCGGCGCGAUGACCGGCGUUCGCCGGCUCGUCGUGACGACAGAGGCCGGUCGCGCUCUCCCCGCCGCCGCUCGCCAUCCCCUCCGCCUCGGCGCGGCCGAACUCCUUCCCCACCUCGCUCGUCGCUCCCUGCCUCGUCACGCCCCCCUGCUCAGCCUUCUGCCCGGGCCCCGCGGAAGUAUCUCCCACCCCACGCCGCCUCGCCUUCGGUGCCGGCCGCCCCGGGCACCGGUCCUUCCCGCGGCCGUCAGGGUCCGUCCAAGAAGAAGAAGCGCCGCGGUCAGGGGCGGGGCGCCCCCGCUUCGCUUCCCCCGGUGGCUCCGGGUUCAUCCCCGGCCCCGGGCCCAGUGUCCAACCUACCUCGUCCCCCGUGCUUCAAUUGCGGGGUGGCGGGGCACUCGCAAGUUAGCUGCGUCAACCCCCAGUGUCCCGCCCUGCUAUGUCCUGCUUGCCCUGUGACGUCGAAGCUCAUGAUGUACGGCCACGGGAUUGAGGGGCUGGGCUUCUUCCACCUCGAGGUCCCCGAUCUCCCACCGCCCACCCCCUCCCUUCAGGCGAUCGUCACUGUGGUCGACGGGUUGCCUCUCCGGAGAUGA